AUGUCAAGUUCAGAAAGUGUCACGUGCUGUCCGGACCUGCUAAGGAAUACAACCCAAACAAAUGUCACCUCCGCCACGUACAACUCAUCAGUGGAUACAACGCCAGCACCAGGAGACCAUUCCUUGAUGGUCGGACAAAGAGCUUUUCUGAUCACCAUCUACACCACGGUGCUGGUGGCUGGUUCUAUGGGCCUGGUUCUGAUGGUUAGUGUGCUGAGAUCCAAUCUCCAUUCCGUGACGACCAUCGCUUUCUUCAAUCUGGUCCUGACUCAUUUCAUUUUCCUGUUGACGGUUCCCUUUCGGAUCUAUUACUUCGCGAGGCAGGCGUGGGGUCUCUCUCACGUCUUCUGCAAGUUAGUUAGCGCCACCAUCCACAUCCACAUGUACAUGGUCUUUUUCAUCUACGUCUUCAUCCUCACCAUCCGCUUCCUGAGUUUCUACAAGCGUUCAAAGCAGGUGAAGUCCUACAGCAAGGCGCACACGUUGGGUGCCAGCGUGGCUCUGUGGUGUCUGGUCUUGCUGCUCAUCCUGCUGAUUUUGUACUUUGAGUACGGCAAGAACGCUGAAAAUAAAGCAGGCCAGUGUUUCAGGUUCGGUAAGGAACUGAAGCAGGAGGCCGUGUUUGUAGUGAACUGUAUCUUUUGCGUCAUCUGCAUCCUCGCGUCCUGCGUGCUGGGCGGCAUACAGUUCCAUAUUCUGCACAGCAUACUGAAAGAACACGGAUCGGCCUCCUGGUCCCAACAGGAAUUCUGGGCCCAGGUGAAGAGUCUCUGCUUUGUGCUGAUUAUGGUCAUAUGUUUUGUGCCUUAUCACUUUUUCCGACUGUUUUAUCUGAGACACCCUGAUAGAUUAGAAGGUGUGAAUGAAGUGUUCUUGGCCAUCACGUCUCUCAGCUGUUUGGACACACUCACAUUCCUAGGCAGAGGUGUGUGUCGCACAUGUAAACGCUGA